CUAGUACAGCCACUAUGGAGAACAGUGUGGAGAUUCCUUAAAAAAAAUUAAAAGCACUUCUAUUAAAGCACUGGUCUCUAACCUUUUGGGAACCAGGGACCAGUUUUGUGGAAGACAAAAACCAGGGGUUGAAGGGUGGAUAUGGUUCAAAUGGUAAUGCAAGUGAUGGACCAGUGCUAGUCUAUGGCCCAGCACCUUGUAUUAAAGGAAAAGACAGGCAUUCCCACUAUCACUGAUAUUGUUAAACGGUCUAUAAAUGUGGGUCAGUGCAAUUAAAUUUAAAAAAGCAUAAAUAUUAGAAAAGGAUAGGUCUUCUCCUCCCCCCCACCCACCCCCGCUAUACUCAUACAGGUGGUGGGGUAGAAGGGGAUAAUUCAAUGAAAAUGAAACAAAAAAAUAUGCAGAGCCUGGUUGCUAUACUGAAAAGAAACACUUGCUUAGCACAGGUCCCGGGGCGGGAGAGAUGGCGCAUGUGCGAGCGUACAACUGUGGGCACGUACUGCACUGUGGGCACGUACAACUGUGGGGCGCCUCAGCGUAGAAGCGCAUGUGCAAGGUGCCGCAAAGCGCAUGCGUGCUGCCCACCCAGGAGCACUUGCGCCUCUUCCGUCUCGUGCUCUGCAACCGCGCACACUUGCAAAGCACGCGGUUUUCUCCUUUCGGCUUCUUUUUUUCCGCGGCCUUUUGGUCACCAAUCCGCUGAUUAGUAGCCUCUGAAGAGCCCUCAGCCAUGGACUCCCACGAGUCAUUCUACGUCGCAGACGACCUGGAGUUGUAUCCAGAGAUUGUGGGGCUGCAGCAGGUGCAGGUGGCGCCCCUCCCUGAGGAGAGCCUCUACGAGGAGACCCCGACUGAGGAGAGCGUCUCUGUGGAGACCAUGGGGACUGAGGCGAUCAAUGAAUACAAUGAUGUCGCCAGCAAUUGGUUCCACGGUGGCCACCACUAUCCGCCUCUGAUUGCGCUGCAGCCUCUUUUUACAAACAGCCCAGCCCAGGGGGACUGCGACCAAGAAGUCAUGGUGCAGACGCAGGAGGAGGUGGUGACCUGCUCCCAAACCGAAAGCCUUCAGGCCAGUGACCAGACUAUCAUCCCAGGCCUCGACGACAGCUACUUUGAGCAGACCUUGGCUCCUCUGUCAGGCUCCAAGUCUUCCUUAGCCUGCAACCGCACCAGGAAGCCCAGCAGCCACGGCCAGAAACGCAACGGUAAGAAGGGUUACCCGGGCGGUGAGGCGACGGCGGCGGGAAGCAGCUCCGGGGCAGGCCCCAAGAAGUGGGAGCAGAAGCAGGUCCAGAUCCAAACCCUAGAGGGUCAGUUUUCUGUCACCAUGUGGUCUGCAACCAAUAAGAAAGACCCUGAGGCUGGACAGACUGAGAACUCAGUUCCUGAUUAUUCAGAGUACUUGACGGGUAAGAAACUGCCUCCUGAGGGAAUUCCUGGCAUUGAUCUCUCAGAUCCCAAACAACUGGCCGAAUUUACUAAAAUGAAACCUAAAACCAAAGAUGAUGUGCCGAAAACAGUAGCUUGCCCUCACACAGGCUGCUUGAAGAUGUUCAGGGAUAAAGCCGCUUUGAAAAAACAUAUGCACACCCAUGGUCCCAGAGUUCAUGUCUGUGCAGAAUGUGGCAAAGCUUUUGUUGAGGGCUCAAAAUUGAAACGGCAUCAGCUGGUGCAUACUGGAGAGAAGCCGUUUCAGUGCACCUUUGAAGGCUGCGGAAAACGCUUUUCCCUAGAUUUCAACCUGCGUACCCACGUGCGAAUCCAUACCGGAGAUAGGCCCUACGUGUGCCCUUUCAGUUGUUGUAAUAGAAGGUUUUCGCAGUCAACUAACCUGAAAUCUCAUAUCUUAACACAUACUAAGAAUAAAAAUAACCAGUAAAAAGACGGGAAGACUCUUCCCAGUCUCAGAAAGCAUUUUCCAGUUGUGUAAUUGAAAAUGAAUAUGCCUCUCUUUCGUAUACUGUUUCUAGAAAAGAAUUUUGUGACUGACUCCAAUAUAUCUAAGGGUUAAGUUUUGAUAGAUUUAGUAAAAAUAAAAGGUGAAAAAAAAGGAAAAAAUAAUUCUUCAUAUAACAUUGUUAAGAAGUUUUGUCUUGUUCUGUAGUUUUGUCUUGCUCUGUAAUACCAUUUGAAAAAUAGGAUUUUGUAAUGCUUGCUUGUGAAUCUCACAUCAAAAGACUGCUCUUUAAAAAAAAACAGACUGUUCUUUGUCCAAUUGUGAUAAAAAUGGGACUUUUCACACUACUUUAAAAAUGAAGUUUUGCCUAUUGUUGCAAUUUUUGAAGUUCUGUAUUUUCUAAAUGUUCAUGUUUAUACUUUUUAAGAAUAUGUUUAGUACUAAAAAAAGAAUAUGCUUAGUAGUUCUGUGUAUGGUUUUUCUGGAAGUAGAUAACUUUGCUUGCAGGUUUUCUUUAAAUGAGUGAGAAGUUACAUGUAUAUAUAACAUUUUACAGUUUAAAAAAACUUAUAUAGGUUUUGUUUGCUAUCUUAAUUUUGGUUGUAUUCUUUGACAUUAAUGCAUGUUACAUAACAGUGUUUUAACUGCAUUGAAUUAGUAGUUUUGAAUAUUAGAUAAGUUGUAAUAGUCAGUUUAAACCUGUUUUAGUCUUUUUACUCCCCCCGCACCCCAAAUACUGCCAGGUGCUGUUGUUUAGUCCUUUCUUUGCCUGUUCAGUUAGGGAGUGGUGCUCAGCUGUGGAAUACAUUGUGUACGUAAUGACUUUUACCAUUUGGCAUGUAAAUCCUUUAUAAUAGACAAAAAAUAAAAUACCUGUUCUAAAGAAAAAAAACUUGUCUUUAUAAGUAUUGUAGCCAGAAAAAUAGAGAAAAUGGGGAGGGUGCUAGUGGCAUCUGGUGGAUGGGUAGAGGCCAGGGUUGCUGCUAAACAUUUUACAAUGCACAGGUCAGUCCCCUACAGCAAAGAAUAAUCUGGCCCCAAAUGCCAGUAGUGCCACUGUUGAGAAACCUUGCUCCAGAGAAAGUAAAAACGGUAACAAAAUUCAUUUGGUGCACUGAAAAGCAAAUCAUUAAUGAACAAGAGGUUGUUUAAAUAAAGGAAAUAAAGGUACCCACAUUGCAACUUAGCAAUCAUUGGCAAAUGUGAAAUCUAGCAGGGUGGUCUGGUACCAGCUGCAUCCCUGAUAAGAGAUAGGAGGCUCCCCAGAGGGUCAGCGAAUCAGUGUGUCUAUGUGCCCCUCUGAGUGUUGCUUGGAUGAGAAGAGCCAGGUUUGUACGGUGGGGUCAUCCUGGUAAAGAAGAGAUAGGGUAUAACAUUUAGGCAGUUCUGUUGGACUGUACCAUCGUGAGUAGUUGAGGAGAAAGCUGAAUAUAGCACAUGGGAGUGGUGGCAAAUCUAACCAGUGGGGAUGGAUUUUGUAAAAUUGUGAGACUAGCAACAGGGUGUGGAGUGGUGGGAGGGGUGGAAUAGCUGUAUUCCUAGAUUAGUUUCACUAGAGUAAAUUCCAGUGGGUCAAAAAAUCAGAGGGGUUGUUUUUUUUUUUUUUUUGUUAUUUUUUGUCUUAAUUUUGUUUUUUUAAUUAACCUCCAAUUAAAAUAAAUAAAUUUAUAUUUUUAAAAAAAGGAGCCUGAAAAAAAAAAAAGAUCUAUGAAAGCAAUACAAGAGAACACAGAUCUUCUAUAAUCUUGAACUGGGAAAAACUUAAUACAAAGGAGCCAUUUGACCACACCAAAACUUAAAAUAUAUGCAUAGGCAAAACUAUAAACCUAGCCAAACAAACUGGAGGAAAUUAUCAAAAUACCUCAUAUAGAAGACCAAAUUCCUCAAUGUAUGUAUUGCAAAUAAUAAUAACAUAAAUAAAAACAAAUAAUAAAACAAUAUAAUAAUAACAUAAAAACAAAUAACAUAAAAAUAACUUUUAAUUCAAAAAAUGCAAACUGACAAUGGAUAAAAGUAAGCAAUUCUCAAAAAGCAAUAUAACCAUUUAAUAACCGUGAAAAACGUACAAACUCAUUCAUAUUUAAAGAAAUAAAAAUGAAGACAAAGAUUUUACUUUUCACCUGGCAGAUGACAGUCUAAAAUGAUGAUAGUGUUGUUUAGAGUUGUUUAGAGGGUGGGGAAACAUGACAAUUAUAAGAAUAUAAUGCAGACUUGGAGGUUCACUUUAAUGCAUAUAUUUUUGACCUAACAAUCCAUUUUUGUGUAAUUGUCCAUACCUUCAGAGACGUGAUCUUAAUCAGACGCAUAACAUCAUGAGCAAAGUUGUUGCAACGCUGUAUGAAAAAGUUAAGACAGCCUAAGUGAUCAUUAGUAGGGAACCUUAUUAAUAAGUCAGUAUGUUUUUUUAAAAAAUAGGUUACUCUAGUGGAUAUAAGGAAUAAGUUAGAUAUGAAUGUGCAGAUAAGGGAAAAGUCAAAAGUAUAUAAAUGAAAAAGCAAAACACAAUUUCAGAUAA